CUGAUUCUGACUGGGAGCUGAGAAAAUACAUAUAGCCUAGUAUUAAUGAUUUGGUUAAUGAUAUUCGUAACAUAACAAUGGGAGAUGAGGAAACGAUCGCACUUCAGUCGGAACUGGAGGCUGUGGAGAAGCAGAUCCAGGAUCUACUAGAGAAGCAGACACGGCUGCGAGAACGAAAAACGGCGCUGGAAACAUCCAGAGCUGACGCUCGCAAAUCCGCGGUACCUGCGAUCCUGAAGGACGAUGCUAACGUCGGAGCUGUCGUGCUGCACACGGGGGUGAAUGACGUCAGGAUGCGGCAGUCGGAGAUCCUGAACAGGGACUUCAGGAGUCUGAUCGAGACGGUACGCAACGCAUAACCCACGGUGAGGAUCGUCGUAUCAGGGCCGCUUCCUACCUACCGACGAGGGAAUGAAAAGUUCAGUAGACUAUUUGCUCUAAAUAAAUGGUUGAUGUCAUGGUGUAUUGAACAGAAGCUACUCUUUGUUGAUAAUUUUGAUCUGUUCUGGGAGCAACCUAGGCUCUUCCGCCCUGAUGGCCUGCAUCCCAGCAGCAUCGGAGCGGAUCUUCUGUCUGACAACAUCUCAAAGACGCUACGCGCUCGAUGACAUGACCAGCAAAUUGGGCACUAUUUUCUCUAAUAAAUUAGAAGCUGUCGCACCUAUGAAGUCAAAAAAGAUUAAUGAGAAAAACGUAGCACCAUGGUACAAUAGCACCACUCGUGCCCUUAAAAGAGAAACACGCAAACUGGAGCGCAAAUGGAAACAAACCCAAUUAGAGGUCUUUAAAAUUGUGUGGAAAGAGAGUGCAAACUGUUAUAAAAAGGCACUAAAAGCAGCAAAGGCUGAGCACCUCCGUAACCUCAUAGAAACUAACAAAAACAAUCCAAGGUUUUUAUUUAGUACACUUGCUAAACUAACAAAUAAACAGACUUCACCUGACCUGGGUAUUCCGCCGCACCUUGGUAGCAAUGAUUUCAUGAAUUUUUUUACAGAGAAAAUCGAAAACAUACGAGACAAAAUAGUAAAAACUCAACCUCCAAGUCUGUCCUAUAAAUUAGUACCAACCAUCGCCCCAAAAGAAAGGCUACAGUGUUUUUCACCUAUAAAACAGGAAGAUUUAAUUAAACUUAUUGCAAUAUCUAAACCUACAACUUGCUUAUUAGACCCCAUACAGUAGUGUCCACUCAGUUGCUCUUUCUUACAAAAUAAUGACAUACACGAAAAAUUCCAGUCAGGCUUUAGACCGCAUCAUAGUACUGAAACUGCGCUCGUUAAAAUUACAAACGACCUGCUUAUAGCAUCAGAUAAAGGUAACAUCUCACUCCUAGUCCUGCUUGACCUUAGUGCUGCGUUCGAUACUGUAGACCAUAAAAUACUUCUAGAUCGCUUACACAAUUAUACCGGUAUUCAGGGACAGGCAGUACAAUGGUUCAGAUCUUAUUUAUCAGACUGACAUCAAUUUGUCCAUUUAAAUGGGGAAUCAUCAAAUCUAACGCAAGUAAAUUAUGGAUUACCUCAGGGAUCGGUUUUAGGACCCUUGCUAUUCUCCAUAUACAUGCUGCCCCUUGGAAACAUUAUUAGAAAACACCCAGGACACCCAUUAGCCCCAAGGACAGGCUUUCUGUUACACUUCGGUUCUUGGCAACAGGUUUGCACAAAAAUCUAUUCACAAAUUGAGACCCCCUUUCUCUGUACUCUCCUUUCACCUAGGACAUUGACAUUACGCAUCAUUUAUCCAUCUGUACAUCCCAGCAUUACUAUUGUAAGGAUGAGUUCCCUUUCUGUCGGUCUCUCAACGUUGUUUUAAACCGACAGAUGGGGUUCGUCCUUGAGAACCAAUCGCUUCCGACUACUUAGAAAAGGCCAAUGAAAGUUGGCCAAUGAAAUUUGCAUGCCGGACUCCGCCCCCGGAUAUCCGGGUAUAAAAGGGAGACGGCGUGCCUCAUUCAUUCACCUUUUGUUCUUCGGAGCCUUCGCUUAUGAAGUACAAAGACUCGCUACUACUUAGCAACAACAGACUGCCGGUUCUACGACGUGGUGCAGCGGACUGUCCCUUCCUGCGGCGACUUCCCCUGGGCGUCUCAGAGGUUCCAGAGGUGUUCGAGCAUUCUAAAAGAGCAAAUUUCUCCAGCGUGGCAUGUCCCGCUGUUCUCGUGGGUGCGGUGUCCUCAUCGAGGAGGGGGAUGGACAUGAUGUCUGCCUCAAGUGUUUGGGUCUCCAGCACGCUGAGGCAGCCUUCGUUGACUCAUCUUGCCCGCACUGCGGGCGGAUGGUCAUUGAGACGUUGCGGUCACGGGUGGCUGUCUUCUCUCAAGGACCAGCCACCACCUCGCAUGCUUCCCGGGCCGUGACGAGAAUGGCUAAGGCCAUACCGUCCGCCAAGGCGUGCGGCGAGGGUGAUAUGGGGACCACUGCGAGCAUAAAUCCGUCAGCCAAGCGCUCGCGGACCGCUCGCACCCCGUCUCGCUCGCCUCACUGUUCCCUAGCAAACGGUACCACACCGUCUGCAUCCUCAUUCACGCAUUCAGACACGAUGCGUGAAGAAGAUGAGGUGACUAUCGCAGCAUCGGAGAGCGAUUUGCUGGCAUCUGAUCCCGACGAUUCCUUGCAGCUCCCUCCCACGGGGGGUCGAGCUCAGGAAGAGGCGGAUUUUGAGAUGUCGGCCAUGCUUUCCCGGGCCUCCGUGAGCAUUGGGUUAGAAUGCACUCCGGUGCCUCUCCCCCAGCGCUCGCGGCUGGAUACAUGGUUCUUGGGCUCUGAGCGCGACUCCAAGCCGCGCCCCACCCCGGUUCCGUUCUUCCCGGAGGUGCAUGAGGAACUGACGAAGACGUGGAACGCACCUUUUUCGGCUCGUACACGUCAAACCAGUUCCGUCGCUCUUUCUUCCCUCGAUGGUGGGGCAGCUAGGGGUUACGUCGACGUGCCCCAGGUGGAACGUGCAGUCACGGUGCACCUGUGCCCACAGGCGGCGUCCACCUGGAGAGGUUGACCGAAACUCCCAUCCAAAGCGUGUAGGACUUCGGCAUCACUGGUGUCAAAGGCCUAAGCUGCUGGG